CAUAAUACUGUGUUAUAAAAAUGGAGUUUCCUCGGUCGUGUGGGUGUAAAGGAAUACGAACUUGUUUGAUAUGCGAGAAGAAAUGUGGAAUACAAAAGAAAGAUUUCAUUGGCCUGAAACAGGAGAGAAAUGCUUAUGUAUAUUGCCCAUGGUGCAAGAAAGCUUGGCCUGGAUGGGAUGUAUUUACCUAUGAAGAGCAUCUCAAUCACAGUGGGACAUCUCUCGACUUCCCAGGCAUUUUUAUUAAGCUAGAUUUUCUCAAUGUUGCUGAAGAAGAGUGUCUGAUGAGUGGCAUAGAUAAGAUGGCUUGGGAUCCAUCACAGAGUGGAAGAAGAAAACAGAACUUUGGUCCGAAAUGCAAUUUUAAAAAGAAGCGACUGAAACUUGGCAACUUCAAAGGUUUUCCAGGAUUCACCAGAUUUGUACAGGAGAAGUUUAAAGAUGUAAACAUCUUGAAAGGCUAUCGCACAGUGGAACAGUGUUCUUUGGAAUACAGUCCCACAAGGGGAGCAUCUAUUGACCCUCACAUUGAUGACUGUUGGGUAUGGGGUGAACGCAUAGUCACAGUUAAUCUAUUAGCUGACUGCAUUCUCACAAUGACUCAGUAUCAUGGAGAAGCUAGUCGUUACAAUCUCCGAGAUGUUGACACAUAUCCACCAGUAUUGAACGAAGAUGGAAAGGUCAUUGAUGAAUGUAAAAAUGCAGAUUCUUCUGAGUCCCUUCCACUCAGAAACAGUGGCAUGGAUAAUUCAGCAAAGCAAGUUGGAACAGAUGUUGUUGUGCGUGUCCCCAUGCCCCGUCGAUCACUUUUAGUUAUGUAUGGUCCAGCUCGAUAUUUAUGGGAACACACUGUGCUUAGGGAAGAUGUUCUCCAACGUAGAGUGUGUCUAGCUUAUAGGGAAUUUACACCUACAUACCUCGAAGGAGGGAAACAUGCAUGUGAGGGCAGUGUCAUUUUAGACAUGGCAAGAAAUUUUUGGGAUCAUAAAAGUGCCGAUUCCAUAAACUAAUCCAAAUGAGUUGCAGUUUCAAAUUUUGACAUAUUUUAUUAUUUUAUGAGUGAAUCAUGCUAUAGGCAGGAUAUGCAAUUCCUGAAAAAUCAGUUAGGCUUUUUCUCUUCAUAUCCACAACAGCUCUGGGCACUAUCUCUCCUCCCACCUGAAAUGUAAGAAGUGCUGCUGUCUCAGGCAUUGGUUUCUUAUCCCAUUUUUGCAUUCUGGUUUUGGCUGAUACCUCCUCCUGAAUGUCCUUCAUUUCAAGGUCCCUCAUACCAUGUUGUCCCUGGUCUGAUUUUUCCUGACAUUUCCCUAGUGCCAUGCCAUGGUGGGUCAUUCUGCUGGCAGCAGUCAAUUUGUUCCAGGACCCAUCCUUUGGCUUGCGGUGGCAUUCUGCAGCUAGAUUCCAGCCCCUAUGCUGCUCAUAUGGGUCUCUGCCAUUUACCACUGCUGCAUGUUCCUUAGGGACCUCCCGAUGCUCUACCUUGGCCUACAUUUCCUCUGGAUUUGCCUUAAAAUCUGUGACCUCUGUAUUUCCUAGGCAGGACAUUCUCCUUUUGUGCUCGGCAUCCAAAUGAGCCAUCGUCUCCUUGUGGGCAGCAUCCAUCUUUUCCAGCGUGGCUUUCAAAUUGGCAUCCAUUUUUGCCAGCAGUUGUUCUCAGUCUGCGUCAGCUUUUGCUUAGUUGGCUUUUCUUAACUAUAUGAUGCAGUCUUAAAUCUAGUAAUUCAGUCAAAUCAAUCAAAUCCAACCCGUGAUCUGUAAAGUACAGUCAGGAGCUACGAGUGUAUAAGUGGUCAACAGAGCAAGUCACUGAUCCAAACCCCAUGUGUAGUCACCCAUACACACGACGAUAUGUAUAUGCAAUACAUUAAUCUCAAUAUAUGAGUUUUAAUUCUAGAGUUUAGAGCACAGAUUUCACAUAAUCUUUCUUGUCUGGGAAAAGGGGAUUUAAAUCUUCCACUUAUGUCAUAGUAGUGGCCAUAUUUCAACUUUGGUAACACUGUUUACAUUGAAAGCAGAGUGAUGCUAGGCUUGCUGGAUCCUGUACAUGUAUAGUCACAGUAGUAUGACCAUGGAUAAGAGUUAGCUUAAAGGAAAUCCUGUAACAUACUGUAAUAAAAAUGUAAUUAAAUUUUAUACAGAUAAAUGAUAAAAAAAAGGUUUAUUUUACAUAACUGUGUGUUUCACACUACUGAUAUGUGUUUAUGUAACAUCACAUCCAUACUAGUUACAAAUAAUGGGACAAUGCACAAACUACACAAUUCUAAGAAUUAUGCUUAUGUUUGUGGUUAUUCCGUUUGACUAUAAUGUCUUAAAAAAUUAUGAACAUUACCCUUUGGUUUUAUCUCCAGCUAUAAUGACAGAAAAAGAUAGUCACAUCAGAUGCAAUAGAUUCACAAUAAACA